AUGGCCAAGGGACCAGGCCAGCGGGACCGACUUGGGCUGCUUGGAACUGCUUGGGCAGAUCUGCGUUUUCAUGAGAUCCAGAGGUGCUAUGAGAGCAGAAGGCUGCUUUGGAUGACCCCUGGUUGUUGGGUCAGCAUGGUGUGGGGUCUGGCUGUGGCCAUCCCAAAGGGCCCAGCUUCUGCUGGGACAUCAGCUGCUUUGGAUGACCCCUGGUUGUUGGGUCAGCAUGGUGUGGGGUCUGGCUGUGGCCAUCCCAAAGGGCCCAGCUUCUGCUGGGACAUCACCUGCGGGCAGCCUCACGUGUCAAGUCUCAUCGUGGGGGGCCGGGACACCCAGGACGGAGAGUGGCAGAGGCAGGCGAGCAUCCAGCACUGCGGGCACGUGUGUGUGGGCUUGCUCAUCGCCCCCCAGUGGGUGCUGAUGGCAGCACACUGCUUCCUGAGGUGGCCAUCUGAGUACCCCGUGUGCCUCGGGGCACUGCACCUGUGUCCUGCCUCGCCCCACGUUCUCUUGGUGCCCGUGCAGAGGGUGCUGCUGCCCCCGGACUACUCAGAGGACGGGGCCCGAGGAGACCUGGCGUUGCUGCAGCUUCGCCACCCAGUGCCCUUGAGCACAUAAGUCCAGCCCAUCUGCCUGCCUGAGCCUGGGCCUUGCCCACCACCAGGCACACCAUGCUGAGUCACUGACUAGGGCAGCCUCCACUCAGGAGUGCCACUCCCAGAGUGGCGACCUCUGCAGGGAGUACGGGUGCCACUGCUGGAUACUUGCACCUGUGACCUCCUCUACCACAUGGGCACCAAUGUUCCUCAUGCCAAGCACAUAGUGCUGCCAGGGAACCUGUGCACCGGCUAUGUCAAGGGACAGAAGGAUGCCUGCCAGGGUGACUCUGGAGAACCCCUGACCUGCAUGAGGUCUGGGCGCUGGGUCCAAUUGGGUGUGGUGAGCUGGGGCAAGGGCUGUGCCCUGCCCAACCGUCCAGGUGUCUAUACCAAUGUGGCUACUUACAGCCCUUGGAUUCAGGCUAGCCUCAGCCUCUGA